AUGCAGCCAUCUUUGACUCCCUUCCCAACUCUCUCGUUUUCUACUGUUUUACAUUUCCCCCCUCUCCUUACUACCUUUAUUCUCUCUACCUUUCUCAUUCACUCUCUCUUGAGUAUUACCGUUUCUUUCAUCCCUUUUUCUGUUUUCUUUUUUUUUCUCUUACAUUUCCUGUUCUUUCAUAUAGUCUGUAUAUCUCGAAUUUUUUCUCUGAUUGAUUGCAUUCUACUGGUUUUUUUUUUUUAUAUAUUUCUCUAUUUAUUCACUUACCCACUUCAAUUAUUUCUUCUCUUUUUUUAUCCCUUUCUCCUUUCCUCUUUUUGUCUUUGUAUUUUGCUUUUUCUACACUUGCUCUUCUGUUAUCAAAUUUUUAUUGAUACUUGCAUUCUCUCUUUCUCAUUCACACAUCAGUUUUUCCAUCUCCAUAUACACAUACUCUCUUUUCAACUUUCAUUUCUCUUGUUCACUCACUGUUUUGUCAUCCACCUCUUUCUUUAUAUUUGUUUAUGUCCUCUUCUCAUCUAUCUUUACGUAGGGCUUCUGGUCUCUCUCUUUUUCUGUCUCUCCACAUUUGAACUAUUUUCAACAAUCAAAUCUAAUCUCACUUUCUCUCUCGUUCUUUCGUUUUCUCUCUCUCUCUCGUUUUUUCGUUUUCUCUCUCUCUCUCGUUUUUUCGUUUUCUCUCUCUCUCUCGUUUUUUCGUUUUCUCUCUCUCUCUCGUUCUUUCGUUUUCUCUCUCUCUCGUUCUUUCGUUUUUCUCUCUCGUUCUUUCGUUUUCUCUCUCGUUCUUUCGUUUUUUCUCUCUCUCGUUCUUUCGUUUUUCUCUCUCGUUCUUUCGUUUUCUCUCUCGUUCUUUCGUUUUCUCUCUCGUUCUUUCGUUUUCUCUCUCUCGUUCUUUCUGUUUUUCUCUCUCUCGUUCUUUCUGUUUUCUCUCUCUCGUUCUUUCAUUUUCUCUCUCUCGUUCUUUUCGUUUUCUCUCUCUCAUUCUUUCUUUUUUCUCUCUCUCAUUCUUUCAUUUUCUCUCUCAUUCUUUUCGUUUUCUCUCUCUCAUUCUUUCGUUUUUCUCUCUCGUUCUUUGUUUUUCUCUCUCGUUCUUUCGUUUUUCUCUCUCGUUCUUUCGUUUUCUCUCUCUCGUUCUUUCGUUUUCUCUCUCUCUCUCGUUCUUUCGUUUUCUCUCUCUCGUUCUUUCGUUUUCUCUCUCUCGUUCUUUCGUUUUCUCUCUCUCGUUCUUUCGUUUUCUCUCUCUCGUUCUUUCGUUUUCUCUCUCUCGUUCUUUCGUUUUCUCUCUCUCGUUCUUUCGUUUUCUCUCUACUACAACCUGCCGCAGCCUUUGUAGCGCAACACUUUUUCAGUGCACUUGCACCCAUACCAGUUUCGGCAAAAGAAACCUGUCUCUCCUCUCUAGUUUCCCUACCCCACCACCUACGUUGCAUUUUUUUAUCUCUCUUUUCUCCCUCUCCUGUCGACCUCUCUUUCAUUUUUGUCUGUCUCUCUCUCUCCUGUCGACCUCUCUCUCCUGUCGACCUCUCUCUCCUGUCGACCUCUCUCUCCUGUCGACCUCUCUCUCCUGUCGACCUCUCUCUCCUGUCGACCUCUCUCUCCUGUCUCCCUCUCUCUCCUGUCGACCUCUCUCUCCUGUCUCCCUCUCCUGUCCGACCUCUCUGUCUCCCUCUCCUGUCCGACCUCUCUGUCUCCCUCUCCUGUCCGACCUCUCUGUCUCCCUCUCCUGUCCGACCUCUCUGUCUCCCUCUCCUGUCCGACCUCUCUGUUCGACUUUCUCUCUUUCUUCUGUCUUUUCCUGUCGACCGAUCUUUUUUUGUCUGUUUUUCUUGUUUUUUUUUCUGCUUUGUUUGGUUUUUGUUUUUUGUUUGUUUUUAUGUUUUUUCUGUUGUUUUUUCGUUUCUUUUUUGUUUUUGUUUUUUUUUUGUUUUUUCGUUUCUUUUUUGUUUUUUGUUUGUUUUUUCGUUUUGUUUUUGUUUGUUUUUUCGUUUUGUUUUUUCGUUUUGUUUUUGUUUGUUUUUUCGUUUUGUUUUUGUUUGUUUUUUCGUUUUGUUUUUGUUUGUUUUUUCGUUUUGUUUUUGCUUCUCUCUGGUCGAUCUCUGUUAUUUUUUCUCUCUCUCGUUUCAAAAUUCCUUCGUUCUUCUACUUUUCAGUUUCCCUUUUUCAUUCUUUCUAUCCUGA